CCUUCUUCUUCCGUCUUCAAUUAUCUAGUAUAUCACUGGUGAUUUUCCUCGACCUUCCCAUCUGUUUGGGUCCCGAAGUUAACGAGGUCGACGAUCAUCCUCCCGACGUUUGGCGACCGAGCGAAUCACAAGCUGAGCUAUUUAACGUGUCCGUUCCACCAAGAGUUGCAGAGCGACUCCUUUCCUCCAACCCGAUCGUUAUUCCUGGACAAGAGAGGGAGUAAAACGCUCUAACACACCGUCAAAAUGGUCGCUGUUGCGCUGGCUUACCACCCCACCGUCGCUCAUUACUUGAGAUUUGUCGCCACGACCGUCGGCCGCGACAAGGUCCUGCGGACCCUCCAAUACCUCUCCCGCUUCCUCGCCUGGUACCUCUACCGCACCAACUACUCUCAAGCCAGCAUCUCUCCCUUCGAAGCUAUCAAGAAGCAGUUCGCCCUCACCCGUAAACUGCUGCGCGUCGGCAAGAACGUCGAACAUUUCAAGGCCGCCGCCGUCGCACUCGAUUCGAAAACUGCCCCUGCGGGUGGUUCCAGUGCCGUCUCCGCCGCAGCCGAUCCGGUGCUGAAAUACCUCGCCGUCGGUCGGCAGUUGGGAUAUGCAGUGUACCUGUCGUACGACAUGGUCACCUACCUCGAUGCUGCGGGCAUUCGGAAACUGAGCACGGUGAAGAAGUUGCAGAGCCAGGCGCUCAAGGCGUGGAUGGCUGGAUUGCUGUGCUCUGCGAUCGCGGGUAUCUAUUCGAUGUGGAGACUGAGAGAUUUGGAGAGGACUGUCAACAAGCAGGAUGGCGAGGGGGCGCUGGAAGGAAAGAAGAUUGAACGUGAACGUGCCGCCGUAACGACCCAACUGGUCUCCGAUAUCUGCGAUUUGACUAUCCCCACAUCGACACUCGGGUAUGCCAAUCUCGAUGAUGGCAUUGUGGGCAUUGCUGGAACGAUCAGCAGUCUGAUAGGAGCCUGGUCUGCUUGGAAGAAGACCGCUUAAACUGUUGGGAAAUCUCCCAUGUUAAACAUGUCAUGUUUUAUGGUAAUUCUUUUUAUCUAUGUUUUAAACAGCUAGUUUCCCUGGGUGGUCGUUUUAUUCCCCUAUAAAGACAAGACUGCUUUAUCACCUUCGAUUAGAAUUCAGAUGGGAUUCAUAGGUCUUUUUGUGUUUGUACAUGUGGAUUUCACCUUCGGUAUGUAUGUACUAU